AUGGCCAGCCUGAUGAGCCUACCUUUUGCUGCAUACUUGAUCUUCUUCUUCACCAUAAACCUCAUGCCUAUGCCUUGUUUUUCUUGUCCCCAAGAACACAAAGAAGCUCUACUAGAAUUCAAAACUUCAUUAACUGAAAACUUAAUAGCAGCAAACUCUACCGAUGAAGCAAUGGUAACCGAGUUGCUAGAGUCAUGGAAUUCCAGUUCAGAUUGUUGUCAAUGGAACCUGGUCACUUGCCAUUCCCAUGCAGCAUCAGCUUCAAAACAUAUCGCUGGCCUUGACAUUUCCUAUCUGGUCCUCAAUGGAAGUGUGCCUUCAGAUGUCCUGGCUCCACUCUUCCGAAUAACAACGCUCAUGCUGCUCAACAUCGCUUCCAAUUCGAUGCAAGGGGAGAUCCCAGGAGCUGGUUUUGCCAAUUUGACCAAGCUAGUAUAUCUUGACAUGGGGGAGAAUCGAUUCAAUGGUUAUAUCCCUCCUCAGCUGUUUCAGUUAAGGUACCUAGAGUACCUUGAUUUAAGUGGUAAUUUCAUCCAAGGAGUGAUCCCUGCAGAGGUCGGAAACCUUACUGAAUUGCGUAAGCUGUCACUUCGACAGAACAAGCUAUCAGGAAGGAUACCAUUGUCUGUGGCGUCUCAGUUGAGGGAGUUGCAAGUAUUGGACUUGCAGGAUAAUUCUCUCUCCAUGGAGAUUCCAGCAGAGAUUGGCAACUUGGUGAACAUUUCAACACUUGCUUUGAGCAACAACAAUUUGAGUGGUGGAAUUCCACAAUCAAUACAAAAGAUGAGCAAGCUGGAAACACUUGCGCUGGACAAGAAUAUUCUCAAUGGUGAUAUCCCAGCAUGGCUAUUUGAACUCAAGGAGUUGAAGAAUUUGCAUCUUGGAGGAAAUAAACUAAGGUGGAAUAACACUAAUGUCACCAUAGCUCCAAAAUGCAUGUUAUCUCAAUUAUCCUUGAGAUCCUGUGAUGUUGGAGGUCCUAUUCCGAUUUGGCUUUCCAAUCAAACAAGGCUUGAUCUCUUGGACUUGAGUGAAAACCGGCUCGAAGGAGCAUUUCCAGUGUGGCUAGCUAAACUACAGGUUGGGAUCCUAUUUUUAUCGGACAACAAGCUCACAGGUUCCUUGCCGCCACCUUUGUUUCAAACUCAAAGUUUACAAGUCCUUGAAUUGUCAAGAAACAACUUUUCGGGAAAAUUGCCAGAAGAUAUGGGUGAGAACUGUGCAGUCAUGAUACUCAUGCUGUCUGAAAACAAUUUUUCAGGGCCAGUGCCAAAAUCCAUCGGAAACAUAUACAGACUACUUUUGCUCGACUUGUCAAGGAACAACUUCUCGGGUGAGCUUCCAAUCUUUAAACCUGAUGCACUUCUAGCGUUCGUUGAUAUUUCGUCAAACAAAUUAUCAGGUAAGGUUCCUGCUACUUUUGGACUGAACACUAUAAUCCUCUCACUAGGCCAAAAUGAGUUCUCUGGUGAGUUGCCUAAAAACUUGUCCAAUCUGAGCCAGCUUGAGCACCUUGACCUGCAUGAUAACAACGUCACUGGAGACUUGCCAACAUUUCUCACUCAAAUAUCUUCUCUUCAAGUACUCAAUCUGCGAAACAAUUCCAUAAGAGGAUCGAUCUCCGGUGCUCUGUCAAAUCUCAGCAGUCUCCGGAUCCUGGAUCUGUCUAACAACUUGCUUAGUGGAAAUAUUCCUCCAAGUGUUGGAAAUCUUAUUGCAAUGAUUGAGACUCCAGACAUCCCAACAAAUUUGCCUGGUGCAUUCUUCUCCUUCUCAGUUGAAUACGACCUGAUUGUAAAUUGGAAGAAGUCAAAGCAAGGCAUAUCUAGCCACAAUCUUGACAUCUACUCCCUUCUAGAUCUGUCAAAUAAUCAAUUUUCAGGCAACAUUCCAUCCUCUUUGGGUAGGCUGAAAGGCUUGAAGCUGCUUAACAUUUCUUCCAAUGAACUUUCUGGGAGCAUCCCAUUGGCAUUUGGUGAUUUGGAGAGUUUAGAGACCUUGGAUUUGUCUCACAAUAAUCUGUCAGGCCAAAUACCGCAGACAUUUGCAAAGCUUCAAGAACUGAACACUCUAGACUUGAGCAACAACAAACUUGUUGGUCAUAUUCCUGAGAGUCCCCAAAUGGAUACACUGAUUGAUCCAAACAUAUAUGCUAACAACAGCGGAUUGUGCGGGGUUCAAAUUCAGUUGCGUUGCCCGGAAGAGCACCCGCCAUCUGCCAAAACAGAUGAGAGUGAUGAGAAGAACGAUACAUGGUGGUUUUCAUGGGCAACUGCAGGGAUUGGAUUCCCUUUCGGAUUUUUUUCUGCUGUGGCCUCAAUGUACGUUGUUGGUUAUUUUAGUGCUGUUGCAACCAGAACAAGAAGGGGCUCUCAAUGUGUAUGGCAGAGGUAA